CACUAACAUGCACACACAGCUGCUAAUAGCUGCAGUGCUUUCCUCAGACAUCUAGAGUUCUACCUGCCGACCACUAGCCGCAACAAGGACACCAAGGAGAACCAGACGGGGGGGUCCUAUAAUCACUUCCCCAUCCAGGAAACACCACUCCCUCCAGGGCACAGUCAGCAGGACCGUCCCAUACACCUCCAGACCUGCAGAUAUACAACCAGACUUCUACCUGAGCCGACAGACAGCAGAGCAGGGUGUCCCUACGGCAUCCCCCCGAACCCCUCGUACCCCCCCUCACGUGUCGGACCCCCGGGUGAGGCUGACACAUGGAGCUGCCCUAUCGGCCCGCCGAGACCCCCACCACAGCCAGUUCCUGCUCCACCGACCCCCUGUACGACAACUGCCUGCCCCAUGCCGGGAGCAGGAGGGACAGAGGGUUUAGGGAGAGGGAAGAGGACAGGGUGAGGGAGGGACUUCGUAACCCCACUGUAACCGGAGUCCUCCACCCCUUCUCACCCCCUGGCCUGGCCCCAGCUGUGACCAUGGUUCCCACACUCGGAGGGGGGAGAGGGGUUGGCCCGCUGCCAGGUCACAGUCCCUGCAGCUGGGGAGGCCUGGGAAGGCAGGGCUGGAACAUGGGGACAAACAGAGGAGGAGAGAGAGGAGGGAAAGAGGAAAAGGAGGAGGUGGAUGAGAGCGUCCAGCCCCAACAGAGCCCCAGUCCGAGCCACAGCGACGCAGGCACACAUCAGAGUGCACUUUCCGUCUACGACAACCUUCACUUUGUGACCCCCAACCAGGACGUUACAAUGGAAACCACGGUGACCUUUCCCGAGCCCCAGCGCUUCCCGGGCAUCCCAGUCCCGGUGCUAAUGGAGGACGGGGGGAUCAGUGGGGGAAGUAGCUCCUGGUCCUCCUGUGAGAUCCUCCUUGCAGGUUGCAGCACCAGCUACGGACCCGACCAGUACCACCACCCUGAACCAGAACUGGACGUACAGCAGGGCCAGGAAGAGCCCAUGUUCCAACUCCAGCUGCUGAACCGACCUCAGUCCCAUCUCCAGCCCCAUGUCUCACCUCUACAUCCUUCUGCCGCCCAUCUAAAAGAGCGUCUCCAGCGGGGUGGUCCCUGCACUGUGCCUGGAGCCCGGAUGCCACCUCCCCUGCCUUUGGCAGAUCCCUCAGCCAGUGCCCUGCGCAGCCUUCUCAGCAGCCUCCAGCAGCAGAUAACCAGGCAGAGGGAGGAGUAUGAGGAACGCAUACACAGUCUGGAGGAGAGGAAUGAGGCGCUACAGGGAGAGGUGUUUGACCUGAGGGCUAACCUGGCUCAGCAGAGACAUUGGUACUCUGUGGUCCAGGCUAAGAUCUUGGAGUCGGAGAGGGCCCGGGCUGAAGCGGAUCUACGUAACGUGGCGCUGCAGAGGGAGAUGGAGCAGUUCUUGGACACUUUCGGAGAGCUGAACAAUGAGGCUAUGAAGACGGAGAAAAUUGUCAGGAGUUUCUGAGAGUCUGAGCCUCACGGAGGUACUAUGGAUGGUUUCAAUGGAAGGGGUGAUUACAGUACUAUUUAUACUCAACAUCUGAUGCCUGCUGGGGAAGGCAUAUGAGUAUGAAGUCAAAUACCCUUUUUCUCUAAUAUCAAAUUCUAUUCCUUCCUCUUAAGUAUCAGUACACAGCCCUUCUGUUUUCCCCAGCACCCGUCCAACCAGAAAGUCAAGGUGAACUGAAGUGAACGUCACUUCAGUUAGCAUUGUAUUUGCAUAUAUUACCUGACGGAAUCACUGAAUUUCCUGGGGAAAUACUGGCCUAUUUGUUGUGCCCAUCAUGCUUCCAAUGCUACAUGUUGGCCAGCAGCACAGUACAGUCUGACACCUAGGCUAUAUUGGUUAGCUAGGUGCAGCGAAAUAACGUUUCAGAUCACUGUCCCACGACGGAGGCUAGUAGUUCUUCUAAAGGGUUAUGGAUAUGUUGAUGACAAUUGGCAUUCUAUAAUUAUAAUAACCCAACUCUCCAUAAUAUUUUUCCGGACCUGUUUUGGAACAACAACUAUCCAGUUCGUUGUGGAAUUCUGUACGAUUCUGGACUAAUGUGUGAAUUACCGACUGGACAUGGAAAUCACCUGACCUUGGAGAAUAGUAUGUGAUAGCAGAAUGUAUCACACUGUAGGAAAUAAGCUUUAAAACUGCUAUAAAUUACGCUUCCUGACAGUAAGUGCUGUGUAAGUGGUAUUAAUGGUAUUUCAGCAUAUACAGAGUUGGGGAGUAACGGAUUAAAAGUAAUCCGUUACAUGUAAAAACAGUAACUGUAAUCCGUUACAUUACCAACAAAAAUCUUGUAAUUGCAUUACAGAUUAUUUUGAAAAAAUUUAUGAUUGCUUUUGGAUUAUUUCA